AUGGGAGAAUCAAGUUUUUCAGCUGUUGCACCACCAGUCUUCGAUGGAGACAAUUAUCAAAUGUGGGCAGUUCGUAUGGAGACUUAUUUGGAGGCCUUGGAUCUUUGGGAAGCAAUAGAAGAGGAUUACGAGGUCCCUCCGCUUCCAGCAAAUCCUACUGUAGCACAAAUCAAAUUACAGAAGGAAAAGAAGACAAGGAAAUCAAAGGCAAAAGCUUGCCUAUUUGCCGCUGUAUCUGAAAUGAUCUUCAUGCGAAUAAUGUCCCUCAAAACAACAAAAGAAAUAUGGGAUUAUCUCAAGGCUGAAUAUGAAGGAGAUGAGAGGAUUCGUGGAAUGAAAGCCCUAAAUUUGAUUAGGGAUUUCGAGUUGCAGAAGAUGAAGAAGUCUGAAUCGGUGAAAGAGUACUCUAACAGACUUCUCAACAUCGCCAACAAGGUGAGAUUGCUUGGUUCUAUAUUGAAUGAUUCCAGGAUCGUUGAAAAGCUGCUAGUCACUGUUCCAGAGAAGUUUGAAGCGACCAUUACUACUCUGGAGAACACCAAAGACUUGUCAAAGAUUUCUCUUACAGAGCUCUUGAAUGCUUUACAAGCACAAGAGCAAAAGAGGUCUAUGAGGCAAGAAGGGGUGAUCGAAGGUGCCUUACGUGUUAAGCAUCAAGACAACAGCAGGUAUAAAAACAACAAAAAUUUCAAAAAUCAAUUGACAUAUGGAGAUUCAUCUAUCAAUUAUCAAAAGACAAAAGGAGGAGGUUUCAAAAAAUCCUAUCCACUUUGCCGCCAUUGUGAGAAGAAAGCUCAUCCACCAUAUAAGUGUUGGAGAAGACCUGACGCCUUCUGCUCCAAAUGCAAUCAACUUGGACAUGAAGCUGUGAUCUGCAAAGUCAAAGAUCUGGUGAAAGAAGUAGAUGCACAAGUAGUUGAUCAAGAAGAAGAAGAAGAUCAAUUGUGUAUGGUCACUUCUUCCUCAAGCAAAGAAUCAAGCGAGAGCUGGUUGAUUGACAGUGGGUGCACAAAUCAUAUGACAUAUGACAAGGAGUCCUUUGAGGAAUUAAGAGACACUGAACUCAAGAGAGUGAGGAUUGGCAAUGGUGAACACUUGGAAGUCAAGGGGAAAGACACAGUAGCUAUAACAAGCUAUGAAGAAUUUGCCACUGAGAUUUGGCACAAAAGACUUAGACACAUUCAUCAUCGAGGUUUGCUUCAGAUGCAGUCAAAGAAGCUGGUAAAAGGUAACAUUGAUGAUGACAUGCCUCCUUACCAUGCUUGUAAUCUUGGGAAGCAACAUAGGCAACCCUUUCCUAAACAGGCAUGGAGAGCCUCGAAAAAACUGCAACUGGUUCAUACUGAUCUUUGUGGUCCUCAGCGAACACCGUCAUUAAAUGGUAAUCUUUAUUACAUUGCUUUUAUUAAUGAACUAACAAGAAUGUGUUGGAUAUUCUUGCUGAAGCAAAAGUCAGAAGUUGCGGGUGUAUUUUGGAAAUUCAAAGCCAAAGUUGAGAAUGAUAGUGUAUGCUUGAUUCAGACUAUAAGAUCAGAUAAUAGCAAGGAGUACACUUUAGAAACUUUUAACAGGUUUUGUGAAGAGGCUGGAAUUGAACAUCAAUUGACAGCAUCAUACACUCCUCAACAGAAUGACGUCAGUGAAAGGAGGAAUAGAUUCAUUAUGGAGAUGACGAGAUGCAUGCUUCAUGAGAAGGAUCUUCCAAAACGUUUUUGGGGAAAAGCAGCAAACACUGUUGUGUGCUUGCAAAAUCGAAUUUCAACAAAAGAUGUGAAGGACCUGACACCAUUUGAAGUUUGGUAUGGUUACAAACCUUCUUUAAAGUUCGUUAGAGUAUUUGGGUGUCUUUGCUUCACGUACAUUCCACAGGUCAAGCGUGAUAAGCUUGACAAAAAGUCAGAAGUUGGCAUCUUUGUUGGGUAUAGCACUAUAUCCAAAGCUUACAGAGUUUUUCAACCACAUACUAGUCGUGUUAUUGUGAGUCGAGAUGUUCAUUUUGCUGAAAAUAAACAAUGGAAUUGGGAAGAACUGACGAAGGUGAAUCAGAUUUCUAAUGCACCAAACAUUUUAACCUUUGGUUGCAUGUUAGAAGAGUCUGAAGAUGAACGACAAAAAGAUUCUGAAGAUGAACGACAAGAUGCUUUGGUUGAUGAUGCACCUGUCAGAGGAGGAGCUUUCGGUGAUCGAGAAAAACAAAAUCUGGGAGUUGGUUGA